AUCUCGUAGAUACCAAAGAUAAGUUCGGUUUUAGUCGUUAGAAAACUCCUAACUGGUAACAUAAUUCAUGGCCCGUCUGAUCACACUUACGAAUUAUACAAUUGUUAAACUCAAUUUAUUCUAAACAAGUUUGGAAACGAACACGGGUGUCAUCCGAUUUCGAGAACAAACAUUUUUCGUACAACUAUCGUUUAAGGUAUAGAGAUAAGAAGGUUACGCUAAGUUAAGAUUUUACUAAACUACUUACGAAUUAUUGUCAAACUGUAAUAUGUAUUAUAUGUCUUUUUUAUCUUCUUUUCUUCUUUUUGUAAAAUCUAACGGUAAUAAAGAAAUCGUCGAGAAAAAAAGAUGCGACCAUUUUCCUUAAAAUAUAGAACGCUAGACCUAGAGAUGACACUUGCUUGCAUGCUUGCUGGUUUCUUUAAUAAACAGUUAUACAGGAACGUUAAGAAGAAGAAGAAGAAGAAGAGUAAAUAAUGUUACAGUUUGUAUCACAAAUGUCACAAAUCAAGGAUCACAAUUGUCAAUGCAUAGUCGAAUCAAUGCUCGGUCUCGCAUACACAAAGCUAGCCGCAUCGAUGCUCAUCGAUUGGUGUAGCAGCGUAAAUCGGUCGCGUGUCAUCCGUUGAUGUUAAACGUCUGCUGGCGCACGAGUUCCGUUUCGCUCGUGUUCGAGAGAGGAAAGUCGCGCGAUUUGUUCGUUGUUUCGUCAGGAAGCUCGUUCGAUUUCGUAAUUAAUCGUAAUUUAAAUUCAGUAUAUUCGGUGAAUCGUAGCGUAGAUUACGCUUACAUUCAUUUUUUUAGAGUUAUUUGUAAAAGAUUUGUCGCGAAGGUGCGCGGCGAUUGGCUCGGCAGAAAUUUGUCGAUAGCAGGGCAUAAAAUAGCUGUCGAGCGAGCGGUUCGGUUCCAUCGAGGCUUUCGCGAAAGACGCGAUCGCAAGCUCAUCGGAAAAAGUGUCCGGAAAUGUUGUCCGUGACGAGUGGAAAACACCAAGUAUGUCUACUAUUCUUCGUUCAGAUCGUCCUAAUUGUGAUAAUGGGAGCGUUGAUGACAUAUGGUCCAGAGGCGAACGCUAACUUGUUAAAAAAUCACGCAGGUAACCGUGAGGUUUGGCUAUCCGUAAAAAAGUCAGAGAACGACCCGUUGCGAGUUUAUCCAAUGUAUCAAGAUGUUCACGUAAUGAUCUGGAUCGGCUUCGGUUUCCUGAUGACAUUCCUAAAAAAAUACGGACAAAGCGCCGUAGGAUUCACGUUUCUGGUUGGCGCGCUCCUCGUCCAGGUCGCCAUCAUUUGCGACGGGAUCGUCAACAUCGAUAACAACAAUAAAGCCUAUUUAUCUCUGGAAAGCCUUUUGAGCGCCGACGUUGCAGUGGCCGCGCCGUUGAUAUCCAUGGGCGCGCUUCUCGGUAAGACGAGCUACGUACAACUCGUGUUCAUGGGAAUCCUCGAGCUGAUCAUCUUUACCGCGAACAAGUAUAUAGGGGAGCAUCUACUCAUGGCCGUCGACGCCGGUGACAGCAUGUAUGUCCAUACAUUCGGGGCGUACUUCGGAUUAGCCGUCAGUUUCGUGCUCGGAAUGAAGGAGAAACCGAAAAAACAUCACCUCGAGGGACCUUCCUACAACUCGGAUAUAUUCGCUAUGAUUGGCACUGUAUUCCUGUGGCUGUUCUGGCCAUCUUUCAACAGCGCCGCCCUACAAGGGGACAGUCAACAGAGAGCCAUAAUAAACACCUUAUUGUCGAUAUCUGCUAGCUGCGUGAUCGGGUUCGCAACCUCGGCGCUGCUCUCCAAAGACGCGAAAUUCAACAUGGUUCACGUGCAGAAUUCGACGUUAGCCGGUGGUGUAGCCAUCGGCACUGCUGCAGCCAUGAUGUGCGAGCCAGUAGGUGCUUUGCUCGUGGGCUCUGUAGCCGGCUUACUCAGCGUACUCGGAUACAAAUAUCUCACGCCCUUUAUACAAAAACGUCUCCGUAUCCACGACACGUGCGGCGUACACAACCUCCACGGGAUGCCUGGCGUCCUAGCUGGCAUUUUUGGCGCGAUCCUGGCUGCCCUAGCCACGGAAGCCUCAUACGAUUAUUCCCUUUAUCGAAUCUUUCCUGCUCGAGCGCCAUCCUCGGACAUCAAACUAGCCUCGAUCAAAGACAAUUAUGAUAUAUUGGCUGGACUCGAUAGAACAGCGGGCCAGCAAGCGUCCUAUCAAUUAUUAGCACUUGUCGUCACUAUCGGCAUUGCCAUUGUUUCAGGAUUAGUAACAGGUCUAGCGAUGAGGGCACCGUUUUUUCGAUCGAUUUUGGACGAGCAGAAAUUUGACGAUGAAGCCCAUUGGGAACUAGAAGAAGAAUCGUCGCAACAAUCAAAAAUUCAAGAAAGAAACAACUCUGGUGAUCAGUUACCAAUGGGUCCUAUUUGAAGCAAGCCUCUGUUACCUGCUAUUGGCUGCGUUAACACGGCACACGCGGCAUUAUAAAUAGUUUUUUUAAAUUUCUGACAAUUGUUAAUCGAAUCAACGAAUUUCACAUGGAAAGGAAAAUAUAUAUGUAUGUAAAAACAGACGUAUAAUAUAUAUAUAUAUAUAU